CCAGCCCAACCAAGCCCAGACCCCCCUACCAGCCCUCUGCCCCUGUCCGCCUCUCCCAGACGCAUGAUGGAGAAGUCCUGGAGGUUAUGGGGUCCGCUGGGGCGCUGCCUGCGGUCGACGGGCUCCUGGCUGUGGGACGCGUGUCGCAUCUCCCUCCUGGCUCUCAUCCUCACCUUCCACCUGUACGGGGGCUUCCUGCUGCUGGGCCUGAUCCUGUGUUCGGUGGCCGGCAUCCUCUACAAGUUCCAGGACGUGCUGCUCUACUUCCCCGACCAGCCCUCGUCCUCGCGCCUCUACGUGCCCGUGCCCACGGGCAUCCCGCACGAGAGCGUCUUUGUGCGCGCCAAGGACGGCGUGCGGCUCAGCCUCAUCCUGCUCCGCUACACGGGCGACCCUGCCACCGUCGUCUCCGCUAACAACGCCACCGCCGCUAACAACGCCGCUAGUGGCGCUACCGCCGUCGACCCCACCGCCCCGCCGGCCCCGGCGCCCUGCAUCCUGUAUUUCCACGGCAACGCGGGCAACAUCGGGCACCGGGUGCCCAACGCGCUGCUGAUGCUCGUCAACCUCAAGGCCCACGUGGUGCUGCUGGACUACCGCGGCUACGGCAAGAGCGAGGGCGAGCCCAGCGAGCAGGGCCUGCACCUGGACGCCGAGGCGGCCCUGGACUUUGUCAUGACGCGGCCCGAGGUGGACAAGACCAAGGUGGUGCUGUUUGGCCGCUCGCUGGGCGGCGCCGUGGCCAUCCGGCUGGCGGCGGCCAACCCGCACCGCGUGGCGGCGCUGAUGGUGGAGAACACCUUCCUGAGCAUCCCGCACAUGGCCGCCACGCUCUUCUCCUUCCUGCCCGUGCGCCACCUGCCGCUCUGGUGCUACCGCAACAAGUUCCUGUCCUACCGGCAGGUGACGCAGUGCCGCAUGCCCUCGCUCUUCGUCUCGGGCCUGUCCGACCAGCUCAUCCCGCCCGUCAUGAUGAAGCAGCUGUACGAGCUGUCGCCGGCGCGGACUAAGCGGCUGGGCAUCUUCCCCGAGGGCACGCACAACGACACCUGGCAGUGCCAGGGCUACUUCGCCGCCCUGGAGCAGUUCAUGCGCGAGCUGCUCAAGAGCCACGCCCAGGAGGAGCUGCCCCAGGGCUCGGCCAGCGUCACCAUCAUAUGACCCCCACCGUGAGGCCAGUGAGGGCGGACAGGCAGGGCAGGGCAGGGGGUAUGAUUGAUGGGAUGGAGGUGAGGUGAUGGAGCCAGGUCAUGGGAUGAGGGUGCAACGCGGGUUAUAGGCGCCCGCGCCACAGAGGUUUGUCAGUGUCCCCAUCAUGAUGAUGACCCAUGAUGAUAUCAAUGAUGGCAGACUGUGAUGAUGAUGAUGAUGAUGAUUAUGAUGGGUGGUGGAGAAGGGGUGAUGGGACUACGUCAUGAUGCAGGGGCGUCAGAGGUAAUACCUGUAGUCAACCAUUAUAAUGAUAGUAGAGGUGUUACCAUCUAAUAAUCGGGAUGGCAUCACCAUCUCAUGAUGAUCGAUGGCAAUGAUUGCUGAUCACAGACAGGAGGUGACAAGGUU